AUACCUUAAAACAAAACCUUUUUCCACCUGCUCAUACUUGGUGACUGAGGGAUUACUAAGACUCCCUUCUUGCUCAUUUUUGAGUAUUGUCUGAACUAUUCCCGACACUAUGAAUGCUAUUUGGAUGCCUCUUAAGUCUGUUCUCUGGGGAGGCAGAAAGGGGCCGUGGAGCUGGCCUCGGCACCGGGAGAGGCUGGACUUCCUGUCUCUCUGUGCUGAAUGGCUGCGAUGGCGCCCGCUCUCACUGACGCAGCAGCUGAAGCACACCAUAUCCGGUUCAAACUGGCUCCCCCAUCCUCCACUUUGUCCCCUGGCAGUGCCGAAAACAACGGCAACGCCAACAUCCUUAUUGCUGCCAACGGAACCAAAAGAAAAGCCAUUGCUGCAGAGGAUCCCAGUCUAGACUUCCGAAAUAAUCCUAAGGAAGAUUUGGGAAAGCUGCAACCAUUGGUGGCGUCUUAUCUCUGCUCCGAUGUAACACCUGUUUCCUCGAAGGAAUCAUUGAAAUUGCAAGGUGUCUUCAGCAAGCAGACAGUCCUUAAAUCUCACCCUUUCUUAUCUCAGUCCUAUGAACUCCGAGCUGAGCUGUUGGGGAGACAGCCAGUUUUGGAGUUUUCUUUAGAAAAUCUUAGAAGCAUGAAUACGAGUGGUCAAACAGCUCUGCCACAAGCACCUGUAAAUGGGUUGGCUAAGAAAUUGACUAAAAGUUCAACACAUUCUGAUCAUGACAAUUCCAGUUCCCUCAAUGGGGGAAAACGAACUCUUACUUCAUCUUCUCAGGGGGGUGAAAUGGUGGCAUCUGAAUCAGGGGACUUGAAGGGGGGUAUGACCAAUUGCACUCUUCCACAUAGAAGCCUUGAUGUAGAACACACAACUAUAUUUAGCAAUAAUAGCACUGCAAACAAAUCUUCUGUAAAUUCCAUGGAACAGCCAGCACUUCAAGGAAGCAGUAGGUUAUCACCUGGCACAGACUCCAGUUCUAACUUGGGGGGCGUCAAGUUAGAGGGUAAAAAGUCUCCCCUGUCUUCCAUUCUUUUUAGUGCUUUAGAUUCUGACACAAGGAUAACAGCUUUACUACGACGGCAGGCUGAUAUUGAAAACCGUGCCCGCAGAUUACAGAAGCGCUUACAGGUUGUGCAAGCCAAGCAGGUGGAGAGGCACAUUCAGCAUCAGCUGGGUGGAUUUUUAGAGAAAACUUUGAGUAAACUGCCAAACUUGGAAUCCCUGAGGCCCCGAAGCCAGUUGAUGCUGACUCGAAAGGCUGAAGCUGCAUUGAGAAAAGCUGCCAGUGAGACCACCACUUCAGAAGGACUUAGUAACUUCCUGAAAAGUGAUUCCAUUUCAGAAGAAUUGGAGAGAUUUACAGCUAGUGGUAUAGCCAGCUUGAGGUGCAGUGAACAAGCAUUUGACUCAGAUGUCACUGACAGUAGUUCAGGAGGAGAGUCUGAUAUUGAAGAGGAAGAACUGACCAGAGCUGAUCCUGGGCAGCGUCACAUACCUCUGAGGCGCAGGUCGGAAUGGAGAUGGGCUGCAGACCGAGCGGCUAUUGUCAGCCGCUGGAACUGGCUUCAGGCUCAUGUUUCAGACUUGGAAUAUCGAAUUCGGCAGCAAACAGAUAUUUACAAACAGAUACGUGCUAAUAAGGGGUUGGUAGUUCUUGGAGAGGCGCCUCCUCCAGAGAAUGCAACAGCAGACUUAGUUCUUAGUUCUGAGGUGAAGACAGAUCAUGGGAAUGAUAAAUUGAUACUUCAGAGACUCCAUAUGAUUGACAUCUCAUGGCUAACCCUAUCCCUUCUGAGCCUAACUGAGUCUGUUUCUCAGCCACUGGAAAACCAUGGUGCCUCUGGUCAUUCUUCAGAGUCAUUAUCUACCAAAUCAUAUGGAGCAUUGAGACCUGUCAAUGGAGUUAUUAACACGCUGCAGCCGGUCUUGGCAGACCACAUUCCAGGUGACAACUCUGAUGCUGAGGAACAAUUACAUAAAAAACAACGACUGAAUCUAGUUUCUUCAUCAACUGAUGGCACCUGUGUGGCAGCCCGAACACGUCCUUUGCUGAGCUGUAAGAAACGGAGGCUUGUUCGACCCAACAGCAUCGUUCCUCUUUCCAAGAAGGUUUAUCGAAACAGCCCAAUGCGCUCUGGCUGUGAUGUGAAUCCCUUCUGUGCACUGUGUGGCUCAAGCAAUGCCAACACCAUGCCUCCGGAAAUCCACUACGAAGCCCCUCUGUUGGAACGCCUUUCCCAGUUGGACUCUUGUGUUCACCCAGUUCUGGCAUUUCCAGACGAUGUUCCCACAAGCCUGCACUUCCAGAGCAUGCUGAAAUCUCAGUGGCAGAAUAAACCUUUUGACAAAAUCAAACCUCCCAAAAAAUUUUCACUUAAGCACAGAACACCCAUGCCAGGCAGUCUGCCAGAUCCAACUCGUAAAGACAGGCACAAGUUGGUCAACUCCUUCUUAACAACAGCCAAGCUGUCCCAUCACCAAACCCGGCCUGACAGGACCCACAGGCAGCACUUAGACGAUGUGGGGUCUGUGCCUGUGGUGGAGCGAGUGACAGCGCCAAAAGCAGAGCGCUUGCCCAACCCACCACCACUCGUGCAUGACCCAAACCACAGCAAAAUGAGAUUGCGAGACCAUUCAUCUGAGAGAAGUGAAGUGUUGAAGCAUCACACAGACUUGAGCAGUUCGAGCUACUUGGCAGCCUCCCACCAUUCACCGCACAGUCCUUUGGUGCGACAGCUCUCCACCUCAUCAGACACCUCUGCAUCCACCAGCUCCAGCCCACAGGUUACAGCCAGCACAUCUCAGCCAAUAAGGAGGAGAAGGGGAGAGAGCUCAUUUGACAUUAACAACAUUGUCAUCCCAAUGUCUGUUGCUGCAACAACCCGUGUAGAGAAACUGCAAUACAAGGAAAUCCUUACUCCCAGCUGGCGGGAGGUCGAUUUUCGGUCUCUGAAGGGGAAUCCUGACGAAGAGAACGAAGAGAUCGAGGACUUGUCUGAUGCAGCCUUCGCCGCCCUGCAUGCCAAAUGUGAGGAGAUGGAGAGGGCUAGGUGGCUGUGGACCACAAGCGUGCCACCCCAGCGGCGGGGCAGCAGGUCUUACAGGUCAUCAGACGGCCGGACAACCCCCCAGCUGGGCAGUGCCAACCCCUCCACCCCCCAACCCCCCUCUCCUGAUGUCAGUAGUAGCCACUCUUUGUCGGAGUUCUCCCACGGUCAGUCCCCCAGGAGCCCCAUCAGCCCGGAACUGCACUCGGCCCCCCUCACCCCUGUGGCACGGGACACUCUACGACACCUAGCCAGUGACGACACCCGUUGUUCCACGCCAGAGCUGGGGCUGGACGAGCAGUCUGUCCAGCCAUGGGAGCGGCGAACCUUCCCCCUGGCCUACAGUCCCCAAGCAGAGUGUGAGGACCAACUGGAUGCGCAGGAACGGGCAGCUCGCUGCACUCGGCGCACCUCAGGCAGCAAGACUGGUCGAGAGACAGAGGUGGCGCCCACCUCACCUCCCGUUGUCCCCCUCAAGAGUCGGCAUCUAGCAGCAACAGUCACAGCUCAGCGUCCAACUCACAGAUGAGCGGGAGACGAGAAUCUAAAGACUCACUAACUAUUGGCAUUAAAGCUUGAGAAAUCUCUGCGUUUGAUAUUCAAACAUCAUAUGCCGGAAAUUUUCACAGUUUUUAGUGAAUUUAAGGAAUUUAGAUUCUACUUUGGUAUUUUUUUUUUCUCAUUUUGAUUUUUGUUUUGUUUUGGUUUUGGUUUCCAUGUUUUGUUGUCACACACCUGAGCACUUCCUCCAGCUGGCAAACAGAAGUUCAGGAUAAGACCCUGCGGCCUGGUCCUGGCACAUCCUCUGCACUGUUGAAUCACUGGACUUAGCGGCGUUUGAUGACCACCUCUCCCUCGCACCUGUGGGCAGGGUGGGACAGCCAAGUGGGCAGAGGGAAUGGAAAGCUCCAGCUCAGUGUUGCCACCGUAGGUUAGGGUGGGAGAGCAGCUCGCUCUGGGCUCUUACCCCUCCCCACUCCUCCGCUCCCCUCCCACCUGUGGCUUGGCUCAGCUCCGGCCCUCCUGGCUGGGUCUCCCUUGGCCAUCUGUGCUGGAGCACCCGCGCCAGAGCCUCAGCUGUAACUGCCAGCUAGGAUGGCUUCCCCUGUCACCCAGAUCUCGGAGUCUGAUGUGGGGUUUCCUCUGCAUUUGGUCAUCUCUGUAUUGACUCCUUAACUGCAGUUAACCUGGCUGUGGCUGCUCAGGUCCCCAUCCUGCCCCUUCGUGCCCUCUUGUCUGCUCCCCAUGCCAUAUACAUACCUACGCACACCAGUUCUUCCACUCGGACUUUUUUACCCUCUCCUGUUCCAUGAAGCUAGAGUUAGGACUACUUAACCUCUAUUCCCACCUCUGCAAACUAGGGGUCUGGGAAGUGAGCAGCCAUUUCUUGUAUGUAAUUCUGUUUUCUCCGGCUGAUUCAUUCAGUCGUUUCCUUCCCCCUCCAGUUCCCUGUCAGUGUCAGUUCGGCCCUUCCUCUUUUAAGUUUCCCUUUCCUGUGGAACAUUGUCUCGUCCCAGCUGUGGUUCCCAUCGCUCCCCCGUGAUCACUCCCUGGUUGUUAACCUUGUGCCUGUCUCAUGUAUGAUCACAUUACCAAAAGGGGCAAUAAGGACUUUUUUUUUUUUUUUUGCCAUUUUGUAAUCAUAUAAAAAUAGUAAGCAAACUGCUUAAUGGUUGGGGUUUUUUCACAAUUUUCAACAUUAGUGAUUCUUUUUGAUUCUGUUUGCAAGUUAAAGGGUUUGUCAUUGUUUCUUUAAAAAAACAAUAAUGCACCAUAUCCCUAUGCAUAAAGUGCUUCUUCUAUUUAUAAGGUUGAAAAUUCUGAAUAACCCUUUUAGCAUUGUAAAAAAAAAAAAAAACAAAAACAAAAAUGGAAAAAAAAAACCUUGUAUUUUGUAAAUAUUUUCUUUUUCUGCUUUGAGCUGUGUAUUGGCAGCGAAACAUGUAGCUGUCUUUGUUCUAUAGAAAUGCUUUUCUUCAGAGAAGCUGAUCUUUGUUAAUGUCUUGAUUCUGUUCGCAAAGCACAGACUAGUGCUUAAAAAAAAAGGAAGGAAAAAAUGAAAAAAAUAAUAAAAAAAAGUUACAGAA